AUGAGAGUGCAGGAGAAAAUAGAAAGUAUAGGAGGAAUUGCCGGAGAGGUUCAGAGAAAGGUGCGAGACUGGGAGAUUCAGAUAAUUGCAUCUUCUGCUGGUAAGUAUCUUAGAUCGCUCUGCGAUACUUAUUUUAAAAUAGAAGAGUGCUCUUUUAAGGAUGAGCUAAGAGAAAGAAUUUUAAAUAGAGAGGAUGCACCCGAGCAUUAUUCAAGUAAACCCCAUGCUUUGGAGAAAGAAGAGGCAGUAGCACUGCUUGAAACUAGUCAUUCUUCUGUUUCAGAGGAGAAUAAUCUUAUGUCUCUUUCUAUAAUAGAAAUAGAAAAAGCAGAGCGCAGUAGUAAUAGCAGCACGCCUUCUGUGGAGUCAGCAAAACAAGAAGAGUUGAAUGGGGAAUUUUUGGAUAUAAAUAAUUUAGAAAAGUGUUCUGCUGAAUUGAGCACAGAGGUAGUAGUGAAUAAUACAGCUGAGGAGAUGCAGGAUGGGCUUGUUGAAAUUAGCUCUGGGAGCAGCCCCAGUGUGGAUAACAGCCCUCCUAGUAAUGAAGAAAGCGUAGAAACACAAAUGCGAAUAGCAACUGAGCUAAGAAAACAAAUGAUGGAAAAACACAUAUACAUUCUUGAUAUAGCUGCUCUGGAACAACUUCCAUGGCAAGAUAUAAUAAGCUGUUUGCUUGAUGUGAUAAAGUCUCUUGGGCACAUGCCAGCACAGGCCCAGCGCAGGCGCCCAAAGAACCUUAUUUGCUUUAAUUGCGAACAGAAAGGGCAUAUUGUAAAACGCUGCCCAAAUCGAGCAUCAAAGAAGAAGUAGUGGCUGUGAUUUAAUUUGAAUUACAUAAAAUAUCCUCAG